GGUGCUUCGUCCAGGGUGGCUGCACGUGUCUUCGCGUCAUUCCCCACCUUCUGGAAACCCUCUCUAAACGCGUGUUGUCCAGCGCCACUUCACGCGCCUCAGACGCCGUCCGUGGAUGCUUGGGACCUCAUGCCCCUCGUCGCCAGCCGCGAGUGGAAUCGAAGCCGGGCUCGAGUAAGGCUGAUGUGAAAAGCUGCAGCAAAGGCAGAGAGGUCGUGGUGCUGGCUGGACCACCGCCAUGCAAAGCUCAGCAACGUCGCCGCCCACGGCAUCCGGGGCCAGUUCAGCACCCGUCCAUGAGUUCAUCUGCCUGUUCACACACGAUCUCCGCCGCAAGCAGAAAGAUGGCAGGAUGGCCGCCUCAAAUACCACACGCACAACAGUCGCGUCAUGGUUCAUGACGAGCAGGGCAAUACCGUGGGAGAUACACAUUGGCGCAAGGACCAUGGCCUCGAAAUCGGGGAGGUGCUUACUCUCGACCGUGGCGGCAUCAUCGUGGAAGUCGGAGACCUGGUAGUCACCCGAAAUCAGGAUCCCUCCGAGCUCGUCGACAAACGAAUAAAAGAAAAGGUUGACCGUCUAGCUGCAGCGGCCGCCCGAAGACCAAAUAUCCCCCGGCCGCCGGCCGUGGGCUUGCCUACACCAACAAGGUCGCUGUACCCUCAGACAAGUGCAAAACCUCUACAACAGGUUGUUGGAACCCCAACAGGUCACCACGGGCGCGCGGUUAUCCCCAAAGAAUCGCCUUUCGAGCAGAGACAACGGUCAAUGCCCGCCCCUCAUGAUGAUGAUCCUUCUCCUCCGACCAACGGCAAAAGCGAGCCCAAGAGCGGCUAUGCACGGAGCCUUUUCGGUGCAACAUUGUCACUGUCCAGCCAACCUAUGAGCAGUGCACCUCUUCGUUCUCGGCCAGUCAAUACUUCUUCCAUGUAUCGACCAUCGCCCGUAGUCCUUCCGUCCUCCCCACCAGAUGAGGAGGCGUCAGCUACCCCGAAAUCGAGCCAACCAUCAAGGCAGUCCAAAGCUCAAAGCAACAAUAUCGCCACUGGCUCUAUGAGUGUCCAGGCUCGAGAAGCCCUGCCAAGCCUGCUCCAGACUAGGCCGCAGGAAAGGGCGGCGUCUAAAGCAGAGAAACUGGCUCGCUCGAGGCAAGUACUAACGAGCAAGGACGAUGAGGAGUACAUUAUAAUCGAGCCCAGUGCCAGAAAAAUCGGGUCCGCUGUCAAGAAACGCGUAUUGCCGGCACUACAGGAGACACUGGAUCAGAACCAAAUCUCUACAAAGGGCGAUUCAACCACCAACCGUCAAGUGGAUGUCAUUGAGAUUUCGUCUUCAAAUGAAGCUCCAAUGCCAAGUACAUCAAAACGAAAGAAGAAGAGCCUUGAAAGGGAAGAUGACGAGAAAUUCGAAGAAGCUGAAGGACAAGACUCCAACCACACCACAUCCCACGGAGCUGGCCAACCAUGCAAAUCCAGAUCACGGCCCCUCGUCUGUGAUAUCUGCACAGUGUUCAGUAGAUAUAGAGGACGACCGGCCGACCACAGAGCUGCGUAUCAAGCCACGCAAGAAGAGGGGCCUCUUGAUGCUGGCACAGGGGAAGUCCGCCAUCUCUAGCAGGCUGACAGGAACUCAUGAAUCUCUGAGCCAGC